AAUUAUGGACCGUAACCCCUCGCCACCGCCGCCGCCGACCGGGGACGAGGACGAGGAGGGGGUGGUUGGGGGAGACUGCAUAGGGAGCACGGUGUACAGCAAGCACUGGCUCUUCGGCGUCCUCAGCGGGCUUAUCCAGAUUGUUAGCCCUGAGAACACCAAAUCCAGCUCAGAUGAUGAGGAGCAGCAGACGGAGCUUGAUGAAGAAAUGGAGAAUGAAAUUUGCAGAGUAUGGGAUAUGUCCAUGGAUGAGGAUGUGGCUUUAUUUCUCCAAGAAUUUAAUGCUCCUGACAUAUUUAUGGGAGUAUUGGCCAAAUCCAAAUGUCCUCGAUUAAGAGAAAUCUGUGUGGGAAUUUUAGGCAAUAUGGCCUGUUUCCAGGAGAUAUGUGUGUCCAUCAGCAGUGACAAAAAUCUUGGCCAGGUAUUGCUGCACUGUUUGUAUGAUUCAGACCCUCCUACCCUGCUGGAAACAAGCAGGUUGUUGCUUACGUGUCUGUCCCAGACAGAAGUGGCCAAUGUCUGGGUUGAAAGAAUCCGGGAACAUCCAGCUAUUUAUGAUAGCAUUUGCUUCAUCAUGUCAAGUUCAACAAAUGUUGACUUGCUGGUGAAGGUGGGGGAGGUUGUGGACAAACUCUUUGAUUUGGAUGAGAAGCUAAUGUUGGAAUGGAUUAGAAAUGGGGCUCUUCAGCCUUUGGACCAACCCCAGGAAGAUUCUGAAGAGCAGCGAGUGUUUAGAAUUGUGCCCUGUGUACUUGAAGCUGCCAAACAAGUACGUUCUGAAAAUCUGGAAGGACUUGAUGUUUACAUGCAUAUCUUACAGCUACUUACCACAGUGGAUGAUGGAAUUCAAGCAAUUGUACAGUGUCCUGAUACUGGAAAAGACACUUGGAAUUUACUUUUUGACUUGGUCUGCCAUGAAUUCUGCCAGUCUGAUGAUCCACCCAUCAUACUUCAAGAACAGAAAACUGUGCUAGCCUCUGUUUUUUCAGUAUUGUCUGCCAUUUAUAAUUUACAGGUUGAACAAGAGUAUCUAAAGAUAGAAAAAGUAGAUCUUCCUCUGAUUGACAGCCUGAUUCGUGUCUUACAAAAUAUGGAGCAUUGUCAGAAGAAGCCAGAGAACUCAGCAGAGUCUAACACAGAAGAAACUAAAAAGUCUGAUUUAAUCCAAGAUGAUUUCCACUUGAAAAUCUUAAAGGAUAUUUCAUGUGAAUUUCUUUCUAAUAUUUUUCAGGUAUUAACAAAGGAGACUGUGGCUAAAGGACUAAAGGAAGGCCAGUUAAGCAAGCAGAAGUGUUCCUGUGCAUUUCAAAACCUUCUUCCUUUCUAUAGCCCUGUGGUGGAAGACUUUCUCAAAAUCCUACAUGAAGUUGAUAAGACCCUUGCUGGUGACCUAGAAGAAAGCUUCCCAAGUUUAAAGGUUCAGACUUAAAAACUGAAUUGUAAUUUCCUCUCCCUAAGAAAUAAAGUUUAUUUUUUUACUGACAGUUGAAAUUGACAAAUAGGAAAUAUUAGGUAAAGCCUAUGUAAGACUGUAAUUGUCUGGUAUUACACUCAUGCCCUUCUCCCUUCCCCAGCCUUAUCUCAUUUUGGUUUAGUAUGGGAGUCUGGAGUUUCACCACCAACAGACACCCCUUCGCCCGUUUUUUUGUUUGGGUAUGUGGUAUUUGUUAUCUUCAGGUAAAGAAAACAGAAAUACAAGCUUAUCAUUGAGGCGCUGUUUAGAAUAUUUGAAGGAUUGGUAAGAGUUUAUGCUAUUACAGUGGUUCCUGCUUUUCAUACCUCUUAAUUUGAUUUUUAUGUAAGAAUUUUAUAUUUGUGUCUACUAUAAGCAUAUUCUGCUGCACUAAUGGAAACCAUACUAUAAUAGCUUAACCCAAUAGUUUUUAUGUAUCUUAUGCAAUAAGAAGCCUAGAGGUGGGUAGUCCAGACCUCAUAGGGUGGGUCAGGGGCCCUGGGUCCUUUCACGUCCAAGUGUUCUGCCAUGUCGACCUUUGUGUUUAUGUUCUUAACCACAAGACAAUUCUUGCGGUUAAGGGGACUAUUCUAUCUCUGGUCCUUUAUCCACAUUCAGGGAGGAAAAAGGAGAAAGGCCAAGGGGCUUCUCCUAUCAAGUCUUUACCUGUUUUAAUUGGGAAGGACAGCCCUCCCUGUCCAGAACUGUGUUGCAUGGCAUUUCUAACUACAGGUAUUUGAAAUCAAGUACUUUUUUUCUUUCUAGCCCCUACAGGAAAGGCAAGAGAGAAAGGAGAUGUGAAUGGCUUUUGGAGAGCCAACCUGUGGCAUUUGCCACACAUAUGACAAACAUAUCUUUGUCAUUUUGUGACUGUUAAUUGUGUUGAUUCCACUCCAGAUUGUUAGUAACCCAAAAGCAAUUGUUUAGCUUUGUUACUGUUCAGUUCUUUUCAGUGUUAUAUGUAUAAAGAUACCAAUGCUAACAUUUGAUGAAAGUACAUUAGCGAAAUUUUCUAAUUUCAGCAUAAUUCUAGUAACUGAAUUUCAAAAAAUGAUUCAUUUGAGUGAAUUCAGAUUGUUAAAACUAAGACUGAGUUUCCUAACUUCUGAUUGUUUACAAUAUGUGCUAUAUACAUGAUUUCCUUUUCAUACUUUUAUCAUUCUUUAUAGUGUUGUCUAAUGAAAUGUAUUCUGAGAAUCAACCAGGCCCACUAAUGGCAGCAUACAGUUUGCAUUAUUUCAGUUGCUGGAAGUGGAAUUUUUAGUAAUUUAUAAGAAAAAACCAGUUAUGAAUAACAAAGCCAGCUUUUUAAACCUCUCUACUAAUACAACCUCUUCCCAGCUUAUUACAGAAUCUUUUUUUGAAACUCACAUUAUAUUUUUUCUCUUUAAAAAUUUUUAUUGUAUUUUUCAUUACCAUUUAGUCCUCUUAUGCCACCGCCCACAACCACCACACUGUCGUCCACGUCCAUGAGUCCUUUGCCUAGAUCCCUCCACCCCCUAGCCUCCCCACUCCCAUAGCUGUCAUCCUGCUCUCUAUAAGCCUAGCUUUAUUUUGGUUACAACAGUUGACUUUGUACAUUAGAUUCCACGUAUAAGUGAAAUCGUAUGGGACUUGUCUUUCAGACUAGCUAAUUUCAUCUGGUAUAAUGUUCUCUAUGUCCUCCAUGCUGUCGCAAAGGGUAAAAUAAUUCUUUUUUUAUGGCCAAGUGGUAUUCCAUUGUGUAAAUGUCCCGUAGUUGUUUUAUCCACUCAUCUACCGAUGGAUACUUGGGCUGCUUCCAUAUCUUGUUUUUUUUUGUCUUUAAAGUAUUGGUCUUGCUUCACACUUUGUAUUCUUUUUGUUAGUGACUUUUGCUAAUAAAAUACAGGGAUACCAUUAUUGAUAAGAGAUAAAUAACUUCCAGUUUGGAGGUAUUUUUGUUUUAAGCGUACCUGCUAAAAAGAAUUGAACCAUAAAAUUAAAGUCUUACUGAUUAAACUGUAAUUGGUAGGUUUACUUUAUGUAUAUUUAUUUGCAUGUUUUCACUGAUAAUCUUAUCCACAGGAUGAAUGUGACUGUAUUCAAUGUGAAAUUUCA